AUGCCAGCCACAAUGAGGAACCACCUUUCACCUGCUGACUUGAUGUGGGCUCGUAGGUUUAAUGCCACAAAAGUUGCUGACAUGAACCCGGCUACACCUGCAACAACCCAUCUAAAGAUUUCCAACGGCACAACAGAGAGGCACUGCAACCACAAACCAUUUGAACUUACCAGUGCAGGAAUAAAGACAAAUAGGGAGUAGCCAUAGAGACAAAACAACUGAACAAGACCAGAUGGAGCUGAGAAGUAUUUGAGGAUUAUGUACAAUACAAGAGGUACAAUAGUGACGUAG